AUGCCCAUCAACCCGCAAACCAAGGUGCUCUUCUUCGACACAUUCGGCACCACUGUCCGCUGGCGAGCAUGUGUCACAAAAGCUCUACAAGAAGCCAGCGAACAUGCAAUCCGCAAUGCCCGAGAAUCCCUUGACCCAGGCGCCCGCGCACAGGCAUCGGCAAUGACAGACGACAACUGGCACAGCAUGGCCGAGGACUGGCGCAAGUCCUAUGGACGUUUCACAGCGACCUUCGACCCUUCCAACGAGUUUAUUUCUAUUGACCAGCACCACUACAACGCUCUACUUGAGCUUCUACGGACACGCCAGCUCGAAGAUCUUUUCACAGAGAGCGAGCUGAGGGAGCUCGUCCAAUGCUGGCACCGCCUAGACCCGUGGGAUGACACCGUACAGGGUUUGAAACUGCUGAACAGCAAGUUCCGCACGAGUACACUGUCUAAUGGUAACGUAUCGCUGCUAGAAGACCUUGUGCAGUAUGGGCCGCUGCCCUUCACGGACAUUGUCAGCGCGGAGCACUUCGGUGCCUACAAGCCAUCGCCUCGUGUGUACCUUGGAGCUGCAGAGAAGCUAGGUUUCAAGCCGGAUCAGUGUGCGCUUGUCGCAGCCCACUUGAAAGAUCUAAAAGCGGCCAAGGAAUGUGGGUUUGGGACAAUCUACGUUGAGCGUGUUGGAGAGGAGUUUGGUAACCUCCAGCGGGCCAUCGAUGAGGGAUACGUGGAUUUAGCGGUAGAGAUAGAGACGAGCUCGGAUGGAUUUAUAGAGGUUGCGAGGCAGCUAGGUAUCUCGACGGAUGGCCAGUAG